UUCAACUAAGCGGAGCGUAUAAAUUUUGAUCGUCUGCGAACACCUCAGUUCGCUCACUUCAGAGUUUUCACUCCCUUUGACAAACCAUUCGAUGCUGCGACUUCAAAAUAUCUGAGUAUAUCAUCUUCGGACAACUUUAAAAGAAAAGAACUUUUAAGGAAUUACUACUUCGCUGGACGUAAUACGAGUUUCACUGGAAUGCCAGUUCGCAUCUAACUUUAAGAGUAUCUUUGCUGUUCCGAGCUGGAUUUUUACCGAAACAUAUUUUGAUAGCAUCAUUAAUACAGGAUUUAUUUUCUUAACAGCACUAUGGGUCGGACGUUACCCAACCCUGUGCCGUGUAAGGUGUGCGGCGACAAAAGCUACGGCAAGCACUACGGCGUCUACUGCUGCGACGGCUGUAGCUGCUUCUUCAAGCGAAGCAUCAGGAGGAAUAUGCGCUACACGUGCAUUGGCAAAGGCAACUGCCUAGUGGACAAGGCAAGGAGAAACUGGUGUCCGUACUGCAGGCUCAAGAAGUGCUUUGCGGUUAAUAUGAAUAAGUCAGCUGUUCAAGAAGAGAGAGGGCCACGUAAGAAGAAGCCCCAACAGCAAGUCAAGGCAGGUCACUGCUCAGCCAGCGGACGCCCUUCUGAUCUCCGCCGGGCCGGCGGCGGCGGCUCUAAAGCCUCGUUCCGCCCAUUCCAACCAUGGAACACCAACCAACACAAACACGCCCCUUUCGCUGCUGCCGACCUCGACGCCAUGUCUCCCAGUGGUAGCGCCUUUCGGGUCGUGCCUGUGCGAAAUGGACACGGUGGGCGGGUCCCGAUGCUGGCGAGCCACGCCCACUUUCCAGGUCUGCAAUUCCAGCUCCACCUACCGCCCAUGGCGGCCGCGGCGGCGGCAGCAGCAGCAGCAGCUCGGGGUGAGGGUGGUGGACUUGAGCGGCACAUCGCCGUCUUCUCUACCCAGAGCGCUGCGGCAGCUCACCUGACUCAAGCUGCCGCCAUGCGAUCCGAUGAUAAUGCAGGAGCUAGUACAAGCCCAGUCAGCUCUGGAUCCGAGCGGAGCUCGACCUCCUCCGUUCCCGCUGCUAGCCCGCCCCAACUUGUCCCGUGGCUGCCUCGUUCUCCCAUGCUCGCAGCCAACUUCCCUCUCGCUAUGUGUACCUCUCCCCGACUCUCCGGCGCAUCAGCCAUCGAAGAGGCCGCUACGCAGAUCAUCAUCCAUGCGCUAAGGACGUCGAAAUCAGUGCAACCAUUCAGGGCGUUAGACCCAUGGGACCAAAAUAGCCUAUUACAAGAAUGUUGGGCGGAGCUUUUCCUGCUCCACGCCGCCUACUGGCCCCCCGCAGACUUCUGCGCUCUGCUAAGCCACUCCCACCUACGGAUGGACGAUGCCAAGACAGAAACAGACUCAAAAGGUGCGACACGUCGAAAGAGCGAAGUCGUGGAUGACAUCCAAGAGAUCACAGUACGACUACGAACCCUGAACCUUAGCACCCACGAGUUCGCUUUCCUGGAGGCAAUCGUUCUCUUUAAACCAGAUACCAAAGGAACGCUUCGAGAAAAGAGCAAGGUGGAAUUCUUUCGCGACCAAUCGCAGGUGGUUCUCGCGCAGUACGAGAAUAUCGUGCAUCCCGAAAGUCCCGCGAGAUUCGGCAAACUGCUGCUCACAAUGCCCGCACUGAAGCGAGUCGGAACGGAAAAUCUAGAAGAACUGUUUUUCAGGAGGACUUUAGGAAAAGUGCAAAUCGAGAAGAUCCUGGAAAGAAUGUGAAAA